GAAGAUUUCCGCACCUUACAGAGGGCCGGGCUUUUCAUUGCGCGGAACUGACGUCCGGGCGACGGUUGCCCGCCGGAGGAUCAGCCGGACGCGCUGACGGACGGCAUUGGCGGCUGCACGGGGCCUGCGGGCUCAGGCUGAGCCGGGGUGGAGGUGAUGUGGGCGCCGGGGGUGAGGCGGCUGUUGGCCCGAGGCCGGCAGUGUGUCUUCUUGUGGUCCAGGCUUCCUAAUGCAGUGCUACACCAGGGCUUCCUCCGCUGCACUCAGUGCAAAGACAGCCGCUACACGCUGGCAGAGUUCCAGCACCUUGACUGUUCGCCUCCCGAGCCGAGUGCCGAUGACCUCGACGAUCUCUACACGCCUGAGCAACGGGAAGUCAUCCUGCAGGUGCUGAACACGGCCUCCCGCGAGGAACUGGCUGGGAUCAAACUGCUGCGGGGCAGGAAGUCGGCCAACAUCGUGGAAUACAGGGAAGGGCACGGACCGUUCACCCACCUCCAGAGCUUGCUGGAGGUGCCACUCUUCAAACAUAAGACCAUAAUGAGAGUGUGUCAGUCAAUCCUGAGCCCGUUACAGGAGCCAGGGAAACGAGAGAAGAGAUUCCAUGGACUCAAGUUUAUCAAGCCCGAUGUGGAAAAAAAACAGCUUUUGGCUGCGAAGACCAUCGUGUCGAUUGUGUUUGGAAUCCGUAGGAUUGCAUGGGCUCAUGUGGAUCAGAACCUCACGGUCCUGGACUGGAAUCAGGAGGAGAGUCACCGGUACAUGAAGGGCCCAUACUUGCCUUCCCUGUACCUGGAGGAGAUUUCCUCAGCUGUGUCAAAAAUCCCCAAAGCAGACUUCUUCAUCUUGGAGAAGCCCAGCAUCUCGAUUCAGAACACCAACCUGUUCCCCGUGACCCUGCACUUGCGGACGAUUGAGGCCAUGUUGCACGGCUUGUUGGGCGCGCACUACCUGGAGGACAGGCGGCACCGGGUGCUGAGUGUGGUGCGCACUGCCAUCGGGAAGCACUUCCAGCUGAUGGUGGGCGAGGCCCGCACCAGUGGCAGAGAACUGGUACAGCAGCUCAUGGUGGACUCAGUGACACAGGAGCACCCACGGGUGCUGUUUCCCCGAGAUGCACUUCCCCGUUACAGGAGGCUGUUUCAGAAGGCUGGACCGGAUCGUGGAGAAGAACUGUGUGAUGCUUUGCUGCAGGCAGUUGCUUUCUAUGAAUUUCUCUUUAGUAAUUCUUAAACGUCACUACAGUUGGAAUGGACUCUUGUUGCUACUGGCAUCGAGAGGAGGUUCACAGAGGAGAACUUUGCUUCUCAUCUCUGCUCACUGACCUAUUGGGUUCUUGUGUUCACCUUCCUGUAUCUCAUCACAACUCUGUUACACACAACCCUGGAUGGUCAGGUUCAUUGUUGGACUGUAGUAGGUUUUACAGUUGUGUCAAAUCCAGAUGGUCAUUCAAUCCCCAACCUCCUGCCCCUGUCUUUAGUGAUGUUGCUCAAAGGAUAAAUAUCGGUGGGGAUGGUCAGAUAGGGUCUUGGUUUAAAACCUCGCCUGAAAUUUGGCACCUCUGCCAGUCCAGUACUCUCUUGGUGCUGUGUCAUAUCGCACUGGGAGUGAGAGCUGAGAGUGUCUGUUCCAGUCUCCGGAGUGGGGUUUGAACCCAGAACCUUCUGAUUCACAGGCAAGAACCACAGCCUGGACUGGGAGCAAGAUCAGGUGCACCCUGGGAUACUCCAGCUCAGGACAGAGAGCUGCUCAGUGUGUGGGGAAGGUCAGACGGUUACAUUUCAGAAUGUCUCUGUUUAAUUGUGUACUUUUCUCCUGCAAGGCCUGUUUGCUCAGUUUCCCGGUUUGUUUUUGGCGAGAGCUACGACGGGAAUUGGCUGCCUUUUAAGCUGACCUUUGUUGGCUGAGGAUCGAGAGGAGGUGAGGGUGUGGGGAAGAAAUUGAAGUUUAACAGCCCUUUCAGAGUUUGAGUAAAACCCUUUAGCUGGUAAUAGUGUUGGGCCACAAACCAGCCAACCCCAUUAACCCACAGGCCUGGGCUGAGUUAACUGAUCCCAGCUGGUGCUGUAGGUCCAUCUGUGCGGUGGGAAGGUUGUGAGGCAUAGGAUGUGGGGCAGGAAAAAUGGAGUGCUGUAUCCAACUGACCUAAUCCUCACCGGGGGGAGGAGAAAUGUGGCAGCUUCCCCACUGAAUAUCUGAGUGUUUUUCCGAAUGUCAACAUUAUUCUGAUGUGAACAGUUCACACAGGUACUGGUUGAUGUGGGUGUUACUGGUUUAAACUCAGCUCCACAUUGAGACCAGCGACAUGUCCACUAUUUCUGGUUUGAUUUCACUCCUCAACACUUAUUAUUAGAUGUGAUGCAUUUCUGGAUAAAAACAGAGAAUGUUGGAUAUCCUCAGCGGCUGUGGAGAGGGAAACAAUGACUGGUGAUGUCUUGAGGUGUGAAUGGUGCUAUAGAAAUGCAAAUCUUUUAAAUUCUGCUCAGAUAUUAGACUCAGGUGAUUGUAUAUUUCUCCUUGUUUUGCUUUAUUUACCAUUAAAGGAUUUCACUGGAGUUACUUGUGCCUUCUUUAGUAAAUGAGUCUGCUUACUUGGGCCAAGUGCAGUGGAGCCUGUCUGUGUGUGUCGGGCUUGAGUUGGGUCAGCUGUACAUUCUGACACGUUGGGCUGUGAGGUGACAGACUUGCUCGAUCCUUCAUCCAGGUCAGGGUAAUUCUCUGAUUAAAAGGUUCUCUGAUUCUGUUCACAACGUGGAUGCAGCUUGGCAGGUCCUACCUGAUUUUUUGCAAACACUUCCAUUUCAGGUUUGGGAGUGAAAUGAAAACAAGUAGUUGGGUGUGGAACGGCCCCUCUGGGUUGUAGACUUGUGCUUAGAGAGUCAGUUCACUGCAGGAGUUGGUUACUGAGGAAGUGAUCAAUAUGCAGCAAUGCAGAUUGCCUUUUAACUCCUUGGUGGUAAGAUCACCACGUGACUUGGCUACCCCCCACCCUUGAACAGCCUGAUUCAGGAUGAGCAAGUGCUGGGUUAUACUCACUACUGUGGAACACAAUGACAGCACCGUCUUGAAAUACCCAGGUCCAUGGAGCAGAUGGACUACGAACCAAACUCUCCCUUCUACCCAAAAACCAUCUUCUUGAUGGCUGGACAGGUGGCUAGUAUCUGAAUGGGAAGCCAUGGAAUUGUAUGAAGACAAAUCAUUUUAAAUGUUCCCCUCACCUUCAAUAAGAAGCAAAUGAACUGUUACUGUCUGA